AUGGCAUCCUCGGCCUCCGUGCAGAGCCUGUCCCAGCUCCUGGACAAUGCCCUCCUCACUCCCCAGACCAUCAAGUUUGGCGAUCUGCACAGCAUUCUUCAGAUCGUGCUCCAGCACCUGGGCUUGCAGAAUCUGUGUCUCCAGGAGGUGGGGCAGAGCCAGCACUCCAAGAGGCCCUCUCUGGCCACCUCCGUGGAGGAGAUGAAGGAGAAGAUGGAAGCCCAGGAGAACACCUCCAAGGCUCUCCUCCAGGAAAUCACAGACCUGAAGGCGGCACAAUCCCAAAUGGCGCAGCAAUUGCAGAAGAUCCCGGGGGCGCAACUCGAGUCCGCUGUGCAGGAGAUGAAGAGGGAGCUGAAUGAGCUGCAGGAGCAGCAGAAAACCAGCAAGGCCACUCUUGAGGAGAUGGUGGCCAAGACGGCCGACCAGCAGGCACAGCUGCAUGAGUUGAGGGCAGCGAUGCAAAACAUGAAACAGGAACACGCAGAGGCACUGGCAGCGCUGCAGAGUAUGAAGCAGGAACGUGAGCAGACACUGGCAGCGCUGCAGAGUCUGAAGCAGGAACGUGAGCAGACACUGGCAGCGAUGGAGAGUCUGAGGCAGGAACAUGGAAAGGACGAGAAUCCGCUGAAAGAGCUCCAGGCCACGGUCACGCAUCUCCAAAGGGAAUACGAGUACCUCAGCUCUGUUACCGGGAAUCUCCAGGGCGACUGGCAGAAGGAGAAGAAAUAUGCCAAGGUAGGCAUCCAGGCUGGGCAUCACAAGGGAUUUGUCCCCCUUGCCAACCUGCUGGCAGCCCUGCAAAGCUCCAAAAUGCCUUUGCGGGAGGUUUUUGAAGGGGCUGGGGAGGCACGGGGUGCUCAGGUGCCUGGGGGAGACAGCUUGGACCCUGCUGCAGCAUCAUGGGCUGCUUUCUGUGUUGGAAGGCUCUGCUCAAGACCCUGCAGGAAGCUGGAGAAGGACAAAGCGGACAAGGAGGAUGUGAUGCAUGAAAUCGCUGAGAAAGCAGACAAAUCCUCCCUGGCCAGCAAAGUCAGCCAGGACCACUUGGAAGGCAUUCUGGAGCAGCUACGAGAGAAGUGGGAGAAGAUGGAGAGCCAGCAGGUGGCCAAGGAGCAGGACUUGCAAGAGAUGCAGCAACGGCUCACGGAAGCGGUGGACGCCAAGCUGGACCGCCAGGAGCUGGGGCCUCUCAAGCAGCAGCUGGCCCGGUUGAAGACCGGUCUGGAAGAGCUGAAGGAGAAGGGGACGCAGCCCGAUGCUGCAGCUGGGAUUAAGUAUCCCCAAGGCCAUUGCCAUUGUCUGUCUUGUGACCGGGUCCUCAGCGCGCCGGUGACUGGCCCGCCUGUCGCGGCCCUUCCAUUGUUGCCACCGAUGCCCAGUCGCGUCACCAGCCACGGCCAGAAGGAAACCCAGCAGCACGGCCAAAGGAAAGGGGCAGCUGACUACAAGUUUCCCUGUGUGCCGCGGAGCUCCGGAGGACUCCACACCAUCACCUACCCGCUGAGGCACAAGCCCAAGCCACCCAGCGGCCCACCGCCAAUCCAGUAUGAGGAAACAGCGCUGUUGGGCCGGGAUGGCCGCAUCUACCGGGGCCAACGGAGGAGGCAGCAGCCUGUGCUCGACGGCAACGAGGGUACGGCCAGGCCAGGCUUGUGCCAGGAGCCCCAGGGUGUGACGGGCUUCUGCGUCAUGGCCCACGCCGUGCUCCUUCAAGAGAAACUGCCGAAGCACACCUCUCCCAGCCACUAG